AAAUGUCAUUUUUAAAAGUAAUUUUCAAUUUUUAAGUUGCUGUGUGUAAAAUUUGUUGUUUUUAACAAUAAACCCGGGCCGUUCCAUAACUGUCGCAACGCCCGACUCCGCGAUGUCGCGCCUAGACGAUCAUAACCUACCGGGGAUUUACAUCACGUAACCAACCUUCAACCUUCUAAAUGGUGAAGAAAACACCGGACACGGCGAUGGUUCUGAGCACAGAGUGGGCGCAGGUGGAAUACGUCGAGCUUACGAACGAUGGCAACGGGCUGGGGUUCAACCUUGUGGGCGGGCGCAGCACGGGGGUGGUGAUCAAGUACAUCGUGCCGGGCGGCGCGGCGGAGCGCGACGGGCGGCUGCAGAGCGGCGACCACGUGCUGCAGGUGGGCGCCGUGAGCCUGCGCGGGUUCACGUCGGAGCAGGUGGCGUCCGUGCUGCGCGGCGCGGGCCCGGCCGUGCGCCUGCUGGUGGCGCGCCCCGCCGACCCCGGCGCCGCGCUGCAGCCCGCGCUGCCCGGCACCGUCGUCGUGCCCACCAAGAUCCUCACUGACUCCGACCAGCUCGACCGACACCUCAUCGAGGCAGGCUACGCCUCAGUCUACGUCCCUGAAUGCUAUGAGGACUACAUCAAUGGGGCUAAUGGCGAAAUAGAUCCUAACAUCUUGGCAGCGGUCAGCAUCGUCUGUGAGAACCCUCAGGUGUUGCCGGAGCCGACAGUGGCUCCCCCGGUGUCCCCCACCAUUACUAUUACAGUUCCUGUAGAGAUACCAGACUUGCCUGAAGUAGAGAUUAUUCAUGUAGAUUUAAACAAAAAUGUGUAUGGUCUGGGCAUCACUGUCGCUGGCUAUGUGUGCGAGAAGGAAGAGUUGUCUGGUAUUUUUGUGAAAAGUAUCAUUGAUGGCAGCAGUGCUGAGCAGAGUAAGAAGAUUAAAGUGAAUGAUAGAAUUAUUGAGGUAGAUGGUGUGUCACUAGCAGACAAGAGCAACCCACAAGCUGUAGAGCUGUUAAGAAACACUGGAAUAUCUGUACAUUUAGUAUUAGAGAGGUAUCUGCGAGGACCUAAGUAUGAGCAUCUGCAGCUAGCAAUAUUUAGUGAGGAUCGACCCGCAUCACCAACCCCAUCUGCUGCCACCCUCUCCUGGUUCCCCGUGCCCUCGCAGGCAGACAACAGCACCAGUGAGAUUGAACCCGAACUGGAUUCCAACACUACUAUUGACUCCGGCAUCCCUGAAGUAGGAGACCAGGAACCAGAACCAAGCCAAGAAGAAUUAGACAAGAGACUUGAUGAGAUCCUGUCUGCUGACAAGUCCGAAAUAAAGAAGAAGUGGCAAGAAGAGAUAGGAGCAGAGAAGGAGGUGAUUGUAGCUGAAGUGCACCGCUUGUCAGGUCUCGGCAUCAGUCUUGAGGGCACCGUGGAUGUAGAAGGUGGACAGGAACUGAGGCCACACCACUACAUCAGAUCUGUCUUGCCGGAGGGACCCAUUGGCCAGCAGGGGUCCCUGGCAGCUGGUGACGAGCUGUUGGAGGUCAAUGAACACCGGCUUCACGGAUUGACCCACACUGAGGUUGUGAACAUACUGAAGCAACUCCCCAACCGAGUGAGGAUAGUGUGUGCGAGAAGCUCUACCGAGAGUGGUCCCCGACCAGUCAUCAACCUUGCACCAGAUAGGGAAGGGUUUGAAGCUAGGAAAAUAAUAUCUGGGAGUCUCAACAACUUGACACUUGUGAAGGCACAGUCUGACUCGUCCAUCAACACCUCCAGCACAGCUACAUUGACAAAUCAGUCUGGAAACUCAAAGAAAUCCCGGUCCUUGGAGUGUGUGUCCAGUCUAGCCAUGUGGCAGAGCAGAGAGGACAUGGUGGAGCUAAACAAAGGUGACCAAGGCCUGGGCUUCUCAAUCCUUGACUACCAGGACCCUGUUGAUCCAGAGGGGACCGUUAUCGUGGUCCGCAGUCUCGUGCCCGGCGGAGUGGCAGAGAAGAGUGGCAACAUAGCUCCUGGUGACCGGGUGAUGUCUGUUAAUGGCGUCAGCAUUAAGAACGCAACAUUAGAUCAAGCCGUUCAAGCGCUGAAAGGGGCCCCGCGAGGCAGGGUCCGGGUGGGCAUCGCGCGCCCGCUGCCGCCCAGUGACGCCACCUGUAGGUCUAAAAGCACAACCACUCUGAACACGGGCAAGCCUAGUUAAUCUUCACCUUAAACCAAAACUCUACUAGUCAAUGUUUAAGUCAUAUCAAUCUUUAAAAUCAAAUUGUAGGCUUCAUUUUCCACAAAGCAAUGGAAGCAUCAUGUGACACGAAGUUAAGAGUAAUAGCAGAUUUGUAAUAUAAACGAAUUACUUAACUGGUAACGAGACCGCUUUAAAAGCAUUAAAGUCAUUUUGUGUUUUAGUACUACCUAAAAGCAAAUGCUGGCUAAGUAAUUCAUUACAAUUAUAAAACAACAAAAUGGGUGUUUGAAGCUCAAAAUCUGUAAAACAAUAACUAAUCUACGCUUUACUAGAAUAAUGUAAUAGGUAUGGAUGAGACACAGCUAAUUUUGUAUCUCACUUGCAGUUGAAGUAACCAUUUUCCUACUGUUUGUCAAUGUGAAGAAAACAAUAACACCUAUUUGUAACUAAACUAUUAAUACUUUGUACUAUCGUAAUUUUGAUAUAAUUUUUGACAAUGAAUUUUAUUUCCUUUUAUGUGAUUGAUAUUAAUACCUCUUGUUUUCUUCACAUUGAGUCGUGUCAUAGACAAUACGGUUAGAGGUGGCCGCAAUAUCGAUGUUACUCCGGAUUCUACCAUCAUAAGAGUGUAUCGCUAGUGGCGCCUUCUAUGGAUAGAAUCACGCACUUCCCUACUGUGACGGUGGUUAGAAUUCACAAACCUUUGUAGGUACCUAUGGGAGCAAUUUAAAACGUAACAUUUAUGUAAAAUAACAAAAUAAUUAUUAGGACAUGAAUCUCUACCGAUAACUAAUGGAUUUGAAUGGGAUUUGAUUUCUUGCCAAUUUUGUCGACUUUGUUUUAAGUAAUAUAAAUUAUAUACUGAAUUAUAAAUUUUAUAUGUGUGAUCUUAAUGUUCUCUAUUUAGUUCUAUAAAAUUUAAGUGUGUAUAUUAUUGAAAUGUUGUGGAAAGAGUAAAUAGUUAAAAUAACACCAUUAUGUAUUCCUAACAACUACACAUUUUAACUACAAUUACGUAUUUUUACAUUAAUUUCCAAAAUACUAUUUACAAAAGUGAAUAUUUGAAUUCAUUUAUAGCUUUCCCAUUACCUAUAGUAAAAAUCGUCUUUGUAGUAGGUAUAGCAUUUAAUAACGAGAAGGCAGUAGGGUGGCCAUGAUUUAGGCCUUUGGGAACAUUAUAAGUACUUAGACACAUGAACAGAAUGCACAAAGAUAUAGAUAACCGCCAUUUUCGAAUCCUAUUUUUAAAUAGUUAAAUAUGUAUGUUAGUGAAAAAUGUAAGUCCGACUUUAUUUUAAGGCAACUUAUCUUACCAACUUGUCAAAAAAUGUCACAGGCUGUCACAAGUUCUUUGCGCAUUCUGUAAAGUGUUGAAUAGGCUGUGGCUAGUAGUAUGUCUAGGAUCGCGCACGUAUCCUCGAUCACGCAAAUAGCACGUGUUCAAUAAGAUAGAAGUUGAAAGAUUUAUAGAUCUACCAUAACUUUGUUUUACAAAUUUUAAAACUAUAGUUUUUGCGAGUUAGUAAAAAAGGUUCUCUAGUCAGAAAAAAACUGUCACAAAUGAUAAAUAAUGCAACUUAUUGCCUUAAAAUAAGUACCUAUUAAUUAUAUCAAUAUUUAAGUAUGAUAGUUUAUUAUGUUUUAAUCAGUAUUUUCUAUUAUUAUGAUCGUAUUUUAACCUUUCUACAUACUUUUAUUCUUAUUUGUAGUUUUGGUCUUGACUUGACUAAGUAUUAUUUAUGUGUUAAAAUUUACUAAUAAAUAAUAUAGACAAAUAAAAUUAAUAAGCUCAGAAAGAAACCUUGCUAACCUCUAUAGUAAUUUUUAAAAGCUUCAAGUAUUGUAUGGUCCAGUGAUCAUAAAAGUUUUGCACAUAGAUCUUUUUACCUAGGUUAAAAUAGGUUUUAGUUAAUAAAUCAUAUUUGGCACAAUUUUAGAACCCCUUUGGCCUUGUAGUUCGUAAAAUAAUUAAUAACUGUAACAAAAAAAAACCUUUAUACUUACAUAAAAUUAAUAUACUCUAAAAUCUAUUCGUCACAUAUUGCAUUUCUGUAAAAAACGUUUUAUGUUCUACUUUAUUAUUAGUUGUGUUAAUUAACGCUUGUAUAUAUGUACUUAUGUAUAUUUAUGAAUAAAAAAUCAUAUUAAAUCAUAGUAUAUUGCAGCAACAGAGCCCAUCCAUUUUCAGUAUAAAUAAUUCAAUAAGUUCGAUAGCUAAGCUUAAAAUCAGAUUCAAAAUAAUUUUUGGAAAACUUUUCUUCCUUCCUCUACUUUGCUCUGUACCUAAAGACGACUGAUGGAUUUUCUGAUGAAUUUGUUGUAUGGAAAUAUUUAUUCUAGAUAUUUUAAAAAUACAAUUUCUUAUAUUAAAGUUAGCUGCACACCACCCCUGUACAAUCAAGUUUGCAUUUAUUAUAAAUAAGAACACACCUCCUUAGCCUUACACUAAUAAAAAUGUAAAAAAGAGAAAAUAAACUCAAAUAUUGAUAAUA